CGGCGGCGGGUGAUGGAGAGCAGAGCCCGAGCCCGCGCCGUCGCCCCGCGCGCGCCGCUUCCCCGCACCUGAACCGGGAGACCCUCACCCCGCGAGCCUUUCCGCGGCCCCGCUACUCCGGCCGGCAUGUGGCCGCCGGGUCGCUCCGCCGAAACGCGCAGCAACUUGUCAAGCGCUGCGGAGGACUGCGGUUCGGUGUCCGUGGCCUUCCCCAUUACCAUGAUGGUCACCGGCUUCGUGGGAAACGCGCUGGCCAUGCUGCUAGUGUCGCGCAGCUACCGGCGCCGCGAGAGCAAGCGCAAGAAGUCUUUCCUGCUGUGCAUUGGAUGGCUGGCGCUCACCGACAUGGUGGGGCAGCUCUUGACUAGCCCGGUGGUCAUCCUCGUGUACCUGUCUCAGCGGCGCUGGGAGCAUCUCGAUCCGUCAGGGCGCUUAUGCACCUUCUUCGGGCUGGCCAUGACGGUGUUCGGGCUGUCCUCGCUCCUGGUGGCAAGUGCCAUGGCCGUGGAGCGUGCGCUGGCCAUCCGCGCGCCGCACUGGUACGCCAGCCACAUGAAGACUCGCGCCACGCGCGCGGUGCUGCUAGGCGUGUGGCUGGCUGUGCUCGCCUUCGCACUGCUGCCGGUGCUGGGGGUGGGCCGCUACAGCGUGCAGUGGCCCGGCACGUGGUGCUUCAUUAGCACCGGGCCCGCGGGCAACGAGACCGACCCUGCGCGCGAGCCGGGCAGCGUGGCCUUCGCCUCCGCCUUUGCAUGCCUGGGGCUGCUGUCUCUGAUAGUCACCUUUGCCUGCAACCUGGCGACCAUCAAAGCCCUAGUAUCUCGCUGCCGGGCCAAAGCCGCCGCCUCGCAGUCCAGCGCCCAGUGGGGCCGGAUUACCACCGAGACCGCCAUCCAACUCAUGGGAAUCAUGUGUGUGCUGUCUGUCUGCUGGUCUCCACUAUUGAUAAUGAUGCUGAGAAUGAUCUUCAAUCAAACGUCCGUUGAGCACUGCAAGACUCAGAUGGGAAAGGGGAGAGAGUGCAACUCCUUCCUCAUUGCAGUUCGCCUGGCUUCGCUGAACCAGAUCCUGGACCCCUGGGUUUAUCUGCUGCUAAGAAAGAUCCUUCUUCGGAAGUUCUGUCAGGUAGCAAAUGCCGUCUCCAGCUGCUCUAGCGAUGUACAGAAAGGGCAGCCCAUCUCAUUGUCUAACGAAAUCGUACAGCCAGGGCCGUGAAAGUGAACAUAGCCAAUGUGCACACAGCUUUUGCAGCCAAUAUCCCUCGGACCGCGGCAUCUCUGGUAUGCUGCUGUUUAUGCUUUGGAAUGGAAUUUUUGAUAUAAAGCUGGAUGGUCUGAGGAGCAUAGAUAAUCCCUUCUGUGCCAAAAUCUUGAAAUACAAACAGAGGAAAAUCUGUUAAUAACAGUCUAGCAGUUUGAGUCUCUGCCAUUUGUGGCUGAAUAUGGGGUUAUUUAUGUGAUGAAACAUUUAUGAUAAAUGACCUUGAGCUACUUGGGUACAAAGAGUUGCUAUCCAAGCACACUGUGUGUGGGGAGUUUGGAGUGUAAACCCUUGG